AUGACAUUCUCAUAUCCCUACACACCUACAAUAUUUUGGGCGACCGUGAAACCGCGCCCAUGGGUACCAUUCAAGUCUCAUGAAGGGCCCGUCAAAGUUCCAUUCCUGCCCUUCAGGCCCAGGUCCGAUGACUUGCUCAGCAUCUACAACAUCAGCACGCAUAUUAUACCUGGAGCUAAUCCCAGGGUCACCCCAGAUAUUCCAGUUCCCGAGCCGCCACCUCGCUCUUCGAAAAGAACCGGGCAGGAUAUCAAGAAACUGGGACUCGAACUUAUGGAACAACAGGUCUGGUUAUUGGAGGACGGUUAUUCCGAGAAAGACCGAGAUGCCAAAGUCAGAACGAAGGAGAUACCCUUAUUCCUUGUGCACGGAGCAGGCUUUCCAAAGGAAAUUUGGGAGACCACCCUAUGUUAUCUACUUACUGCUUGUGGUCUCAUAGACGAGAUAUGGUCAUGGGAGUUCGUGCAACAUGGCGACUCUGCUCUGCUGAACAAACAGAAUCUCAGUGGUACCUUUGACUGGACUGACAACGCGAGAGACAUCACAAACUUUCUCAUUAACUAUAUGCCAGAAGAGGCAGAAACACCUCUCCCCAUUCAACUUCAUCGACUUCCUGCAUCCAUCGGACACUCAUUUGGAGGUUGCUCAGUGACGUUAACUGCAUUGCAUUUCCCUGCCUUGUUCUCCUCGACGAUUCUCCUCGAUGCGAUGAUUGAUACUUACCAAAAAUAUACGUGGGAGCACAUGCAGUACUUGGUUAGGGCUACUUUGGAGGACGCCCUGCAUUCCUUUAAAUCUUCACCCAUGUUCUCUGCUUGGCAUCCUGACGUCCUUCGGCUCUAUGUUGAUUUCGGACUGUACGAGGAUGAUAGCAGAGGCGUCAGAUUGAAUAUGUCUCCCAUUCACGAGGCUCUUAUCCUCGCAAACCCACUAGUUAGCCUUGAAACCUGGGAAUUGAUGGAAGCGCUUGACGAAAAUAUUGAGCUACUGUGGAUUCUUCCUGGAAAACAAAGCCAGGAUGUGUCGAUGCUAGUGGAAGAUAGGAAGCAGCGUGCUUGGCGCAGACCCACCAAUUCAUCUAACAUUAUCUUCAAGUCAUCUGGCCAUCUCAUCCCUCAAAAGGCUCCAGAAGAGCUUGCGCAAAUCAUCACCGACUUUCUGCACAGGAAAUAUGGUAUUUCCUCAGGGAAAUCAAAACUCUAG